UAAUCUAGUAUUUACUAAGUUCUAUAUACCUAAUACAAAUAUGACUUAGGCUAAACGGCGUAGUUUGCCUUUUUCUUUGUUUAAGUGAUAUAUUUAGUAAGUUUUAAACAAAAAAUGAAGUUAAUUUUAUGGAGAUCAUACACAAAAGCACGAAAUCGUGGUAUAUUAAGUGGAUCAAAUAAGAAUUCUCUUUGUUCACUAUGUUCUCUAUUUAUUAGAGGUUUUUCUGAAGACAAAUCAAGUACUGAAUUCAGUGAUAGUACAAUAUUAAUUGAGAAUGGCUGUCAUGUGCAGGAACUUCCUGUUGUUGUUCGAAAAAUGAAAGAUUUAGCGGAUUUAGAGAACCCUCAAGCAGAAUCCCCUCAAACUAACACCGACAGUCUUAAUUACCACCUAAUACAGGAAGAGUUUAAACAAUGCAAUAAUCUGAGGGAAGUGUUCUCACUGAUAACUAAAUGUAUAAAAAUAACUCCAAACAUUGCAUUAGGCGCCAUAGAACGUAUAAAUGACAUAGAAAAUGAUAUAAGUCACAAUAUAUUCAACAGUCAAGGCAGUCACUUAAACUUUGCAAAAGGUGCUAUUCUGGAGAAACUCCUAAAAGUUGUAAUGAAGACUGAAGACACGCAGACAAUAUUAAAUAUCCUUAAGACUUCAUCUACCUUAAUGGAACCAUACAAACCUAGAUUCUGUGAUGAAUUACUGCUCAGAGUGAUAGAUAAUAAGUUAACCAUUGAUCAGAUAUGUGAAUUUUAUAAUUUUCUCAUAAGUAAUAAUUGCGAACAGAAAUAUUCCGAAACUAUUGAUAAGUUAUGGGUGGGUCUGAUUGAAAAUGAAAAGGAUAUAAAUGAGCAAAACAUUGUACAAAUAUUUUCUAUUUUAUAUGGUUUAAAAGUAAGCAAGAAAACUAUUGUUAAUUUGCUGGAACAAAAAUUGUCAGAACUAUGGAGUAAGAUAAAAAUACCAGCAAUGCUUGAGGUUCUUGACAUUUUUAUAGUUGAAAAGUAUUUUUCGAUGCAGUCCUAUCAUGUUCUGGGAUAUUGGUUAUAUGCUAAUAUUCAUGCGUUAGACGAUGAUGCAUUGUUGGACAUAAUAACGAAAUUCACACGCCUCAAAUACAAUGACAAUCAAAUAGAAGCGGCUGUCGAAAAGUUUCUCAAACUCAAAUCAUCUAAAAUUAAAUCGGAAGUUCUGAUAAUUGGUAUAUUAAAUUAUUGUAUGCAAUUUAAACUUCGCAAUAAUUUAAUAUUAGAAAUAAGCAGUCGGUACUUUUUGGAUAAUUUAGAAGCGAUACCAUCAAGUUUUUUGAAGUCUUUCAUUUAUACAUAUGGAUAUUUAUCAUAUCAACCGAAAAAUUCAGAUUUUUGGCCGGCAGCAGAGAAGGUUUUAUUGGAAAAAUAUAAUAAAAUGAAAAUUGAAGAUCUCACUGAUAUCAUUUUAUCGUUCAUGUAUUGUGGUCAGUACCCAUUGAAAUUAGUACAGAAUGUAUUUAAAAUUGAGAAUACGUCAAAGAUAAACAGCACAGAUGUUUUGAAGAGGUUACAUUUAAUCGAUACUUCUUUAACGUUAGCGUGUCACGAAUAUUCUGGUCCGUUGUUACCCAAAGAUCAAUGUUUCAAACCAGUAUUACAAGAUGGUCGAAUAAAGAAUAUCAUAGAAAAAAUUCUGCAUCACAUUGAGAUUUUAUACGGAGACACUAUGACGAUAACAACAUCCUACUUAUUACCCAAUUUUUGUUCUGAUAUAACAUAUUUAAUUGAUAUUUUGCUGCAACCUAAAAAUGACAGUGGAAAUACAUUUAAUUGGAAAUCAAAUAUGGACAGAAGUGACAAUAUAGGAAUAUUAAUUCAUCUGCCAGAUCACUAUUGUUCUGAUGAUGAGCUCAUUGGACCACAGGUUAUGAAAAUACACCAAUUAAAUAUAAUUGGAAUCAAAGUAAUAGGUCUCAAGUAUUCUAUGCUUAGUAAGUUUUACACAUCCCACAAUAUUACUGGCCUAAAGGAUUAUAUAAUAGCAAAUAUGAAAUAAAAAAAAAAAUCAUAUAGGAAUCUUUUGCUUAUGAUAAAAGUUAUUGUCUUCCAAAUAUGAAUUUAAAAUAUGUAUGUGAAGAGAAUAAAAAAGGUCAUAGAGUAAGAAGAUAUUUUUUUUAUACAAGUAAAAGAACUAAGGUUAAAAAAACUAAGGUUUUUUAACUGUAAUUUUAAUUAAAGAAUAUACUUGUCAAUCAUACUUUUAGAAUAUGUAAGUUAAUUAUUAAAUAUUGUGAUAUUAGUAUAAUGUCUUUGUAUAUUUUAAGGCAAAUUUAGAACAGUGUAAUAUUUUUUAGAAUAGAGUACUAAUAAAAGGAAUCGAGUUAUUAUGUGUUAA